GAGUCUCGUUUGAAUCUCUUUGUUUUGAUAAUUUUCAAACAUCAGCUGUUUUGGAACUUUUGAGCUAGUUUAAAAUUUUGGUUUGUUGCAAUAUCGUUUGUUAUUUAUAUAAAAUGGACGCCGAAUCUGCUUUUAAAUUAGUUGGUAACUUUGGAAGAUACCAAUGUUUUCUUGCAAUGCUGUUAUUUAUGUGCAAUUUUAUAGCUGCUGGUCAACUAGUGUUAAUGGUGUUGGUUGGAGCGACGCCCAACACUACGAUUCCUAACGAACAAAACCUCACCACCAUUGUAACAGAGUUUAAUCUUUAUGACAAACCAUGGGUGGUAGAGUUGACGCAAAGUUUGUUGAUGGUCGGUUUCAUGGUUGGAUGCUUUUGUUUUGGACAAGUAGCGGAUGUCUAUGGAAGAAGACCCGUGUUGUUGAUUGGUGGUGGGGUGACGGGUAUCUGCGGGAUUUGCUCCGGUUUCUGUCAAUGUUGGGAAACUUUCGCAGCCACGAGGUUUUUAACCGGGGUGUUCGUGGGGGCGACCUCAUCGUCGGCGUUCGUUACCAUGUCAGAGUUCCUGGGGAAGUCUACAUGGGCAGUUGUUGGUUUAUUCUACUCGUGUUGUUUCUCGGUCGGAAUCAUGCUCCUUGCUCUGAUUGGUUACCUGGUUCAACAAUGGAGGGUUGUUUGUUACAUCACAGGGGGGAUGUUUAUUGCAAUGUUGCCACUGUUAAUAUUAUUCCUUCCGGAAUCCCCCCGGUGGUUAUAUUCCACGGGCAAAACUGAGGAAGCCGAGAAGAUGUUGAAGAUGUUCGCGAGGAGGAACGGAAGAGAAGAUGGAGACAUCCACCUAACACCUGCUGAACGAGACACUUCACGUACGCACACACUCGCUGAUUUCUUCCGAUACAAAAUACUCGCAAAGUGGUUGCUUGCCUCAGUGUAUAUUUGGUUCACAUGCUCCUUGGUAUAUUACGGGCUCACCAUGGGAGCUGCAAGUCUGACAACGGACUUGUACGUUGGGAUUUGCUUGUCGGGGGCGAUAGAGAUACCGGCAACUCUGGGUUGUAUCGUGUUUAUGAACUGGAAGUGGGUGGGACGCAAAGGAACUUUAAUGUUAUUGUUCAUAAUUGGUGGAGGUUCGUGCAUUGCCCUCAUAUUUGUACCUGGAACAUACGAAACCACCCAUCUCGUGCUUGGGUUGGCGAGCAAGCUUGCCAUCGCUGCAGCGUUUGCCGUGGUUUAUAUUUUCACAUCGGAAAUCUUCCCCACACCUGUCCGCACGGUGGCGCUAGGGACCUCAUCAACCAUUGCAAGAUUGGGGUCCGUUAUUUCACCCUUUAUACUGCUGUCGGUGAAGAGCCACCCCUAUGUUCCUUACCUUAUAUUUGGAAUCUGCAUGGUGUUGGGGGUUGCGGUGACGUUCCUGCUGCCCGAGACGUUCGCCAGAGUGUUGCCGCAAACCGUGGAGGAAGUUGUGGAACCUCACAAAGUGUGUGUGAAUGGAAACGAAGACAACGCACCGUUGAUUAUUUAAACACUAGAUGUUGCUGUUCCACAUUUUAGGAUUUCUAUUGUUCUAUACCUAUUCAUGCCGUUGCAAUAUUGUUCAUUUAACGCACUUUGUCUCAUCUU